GCAAACCUCCGCAGUAAGAGAGAGAGAGAGAGAGAGAGAGAGAGAGUGUGUGUAAGGGAAAGAGAGGAGAGCAAAGGGGGAGAUAGAGAGAUACCAGGAGUGUGAUGGUUUGCACUCCUAUCCAGACAGUUAGGCACUGAGGGAGCGCAACAGAGAGUUGGUGAGAAGAGCUUGUGGAUGGUGAAGAAUUAGAGGGAGGAGAAGAAUCCCACCAACAUCCUUGUCAGGACUAAUCUCUGUGGACUUUUUGUUUUUUUCGCAGUCUGGGAAAGAACAUCUUUCAGUUGUGUGACCCUUGCAUGUUCAUCAAUAUUCAAUCUCUAUUCUUGGAUUACUGCUGCAAGGAGCAGGAGAUCAACCGGCAGUUGCCAAUCUGUCGACCUAGAUUGUUGCAGAGCGGCAAGGAGAGGGGACAGCGUGGUGUCGGGACCAGCUCCGAAGCAUCUGUGUUUACCCUGCAUGGUCACUGUGAGUGAAAGAUGUGGCAUAGAAGGACAGACGGAUGAGGUAUGCAGCUCCUGCUACCUGAAGUCCAAUUCUUAGUCCGGGAUCUUUUUGCAAAUCUACAAGGCACGCUCUCCGCCUCAUGAACUCGCUCCCACUACCUCAUGAGGAUGACCUUCUCCUGAAUCGCUGAAUCAACCCCCCCUCCCUCCCAUGCACAUAUAAAAAGCGGCGAUCACAAAUGACUCGGGGAUCACACGUGUCACGGUGAAUGGACACGCAUGCUCUCUAAUAAUCUGCUCGACUCAUGCCAUCUACGGUGAUUGAGGGUUCAGCAUGUCGAGGGGCAAACUGAAGACUUGUGCUCGAUUUACAUGUCAAUGGCAUCUGGAGCCGGGCGUACAGACACUGAUGAGAAAGGUGGAGAAUAAAGGUCUGUUCCAUUAGUGCUCCCACGGGGAACAUGGGCCUGGAUGCUGCCCGGAAAAACUAACCUCUCCUGGACAAUACUAUAACGUACACCGGGGGAAUCUACAUGGCCGACUGACCAACUCUGCCUCUUGGAGGACAAGCUGAUGGAUGUAACAGUUGUUUUGUAUGUACAGAUCUGACUACUAUCUUCUCAUUGAAGACAAAAAGGCAAUGCUUUGAAUCAUCGCACAAUGAGCAGUACAUUCCAGCCCUCUGCAGGGGAAAGAGUCUGUGUGUCUUUGUUUUUUUUUGGGUUGGCUGUGUCUCUCCUGACUGGGAAUAUAAUGAGAUUAUAAACAGGAGGUGGCUCCGACAUCUUAUCCCUGUUCCACUCAUCCAUCAGAGCUCCCACCAUCACCAAAGCAAACGGACCAGAGAUCUGAAAAAAAGGUCUGUAGAGGACAUUACCUUAUAUACUCUAAAGUCCACUGGCUUAUACCUUAGCUUUCUUAUCAUUGCGGUCAGGAAGAAAAGGCUGGCAGCCCAUAGAUAGUCUUUGGCGAGACGGACAGGUGUUUUUUUGGCUGUCAGCCUCUCUGGGAGGGACCAUCAGUGAAAGGAAAGGCCUCGCUGGGGGGCUCUGCCGGAGCGGAAACUCUUUUCCACGGGCUAUGUUUGGAUGUGAUGCUUGUCUCUGUGGAUGCAACAUGGCCUGAUUACACAGGCCUGGUAUUCAGAUAGUGCUGGUGGGAAGGGAUAAUGCAUAUCCUUCCCUGCCCUGAACAAGAAGCCACCAUGAGCAACGUCACGGUCACCGACAACACUGAGCCCAUCAGCCGCAACAUGAGUCCGGCAAGCCCUAGCCCGUAUCCCUAUCCUGUUAGUUUCCAGGUCUCCUUGACUGGCUUCCUAAUGCUGGAAAUCCUCCUGGGGAUGAGCUCUAACCUCACUGUGCUUGCCCUUUACUGUAUGAAGUCCAACCUCAUUAGCUCUGUCAGUAACAUCGUCACUAUGAACCUCCAUGUGUUGGAUGUGCUAAUUUGUGUGGGCUGCAUCCCCCUCACUAUUGUGGUGGUGUUGCUCUCCCUGGAGGGAGACACUGCACUCGUCUGCUGCUUCCAUGAAGCCUGCGUCUCCUUUGCUAGUGUCGCUACUGCUGCUAAUGUGCUUGCCAUCACCCUCGAUCGCUACGACAUCUCAGUCAAACCAGCCAACCGGGUGCUGACCAUGGGCCGGGCCCUGACCCUGCUGUCUGCCAUUUGGGUGCUAUCCUUUGUCAGUUUCCUCGUACCCUUUAUUGAGGUGGGCUUCUUCGCCCAGGGCCAAGCUGAUCUGAACCAGACAGCGGUGGAGAAUGUGGUCCACACUAACCAGUACUACACAGAACUUGGCCUCUAUUACCACCUGCUUGCUCAGAUUCCUAUUUUCUUCUUAACUGCCGUUGUCAUGCUCAUCACCUACUCAAAGAUCCUGCAGGCUCUCAACAUUCGCAUUGGCACACGUUUCCACGCUUCACAGAAGAAGAAGGCUCGCAGGAAAAAAAGUCCAUCCAUGACAGCCAUGACAACACAGCAUGAGGCCACAGAUGCAUCCCAGAGCAGUGGCAGCCGCAUUCCCACACUGGGAAUGCGCACCUCUGUCUCCGUCAUCAUCGCCUUGCGCAGGGCUGUUAAGCGCCACAGAGAAAGGCGAGAGCGCCAAAAGAGGGUUUUCAGAAUGUCCCUCCUGAUUGUGUCUACCUUCAUGCUGUGCUGGACACCCAUCACAGUGCUCAACACAGUCAUCCUGAGUGUGGGUCCCAGUGACCUAAUGGUCAAGUUGAGACUGGGCUUCCUGGUCAUGGCUUAUGGGACCACUAUCUUUCACCCUCUGCUCUAUGCCUUCACGAGGCAGAAGUUCCAGAAAGUCUUGAAAAGCAAGAUGAAGAAGCGAGUAGUGUCAAUCAUCGAGGCAGAUCCUACCCCUAACAAUGCCAUUAUCCACAACUCCUGGAUUGACCCAAAGAGGAACAAAAAGGUGACAUUUGAGGACAAAGACGCCCAACAGAAAUGUCUGUCUUCUGAGGACGUGGGGUGAAGGAACUCAUUGUCUUUACGGUAUACAGUCAAUAAAAGCAGCUAAAACUGACAUCAGGUCACGAUGAAAAAGGGAAAAUGUUAAUCCAAAGCAGUAAUGUAAAUAAUAUGUGCAAUAGAAUGUACAAAGAGGUGGAUAAUUUAUUACUAUUUAUUGAGAACAAAUGUAGGUUUCAUAGAUACACUAUAUACUGUACUGUAGAUAUUGCAUGGCUUUUUGUAAUGGUAGCAACAUACAGAGCAUUGUGUACAUACAUAAUACAUGUACAGCAUAGGGUAAACAAGGUAUUUAAAGAGAGAGAGAGAGAGAUGUAGGAAGUACUAUGUUUAUGUAUAUUUAUAAUAAAUUUCGUGUUCACUCACCUAAUACAGCAAAAACUCUUCCUAUUCUACCGUCCCCCAAGUUAAGUGUUUGUGAUUCCUGUAACAUCUGUGAGAUUACAACCAUUCAUCACCACGCCACUUGCUCCGAGACCAGACCUGCAAUCCCCAGUGACCACUGACCGUAUUGCCUGGGAGCCCUCCGAGGGAAGGCAGGCAGGUCAAACAUGGAAAGAGACAGGCAUGGAAAGGAAGCAGCAAAAGUAACGUAUGUUCUGUUACUAUAGCCGGAAAGCUAUGGGGUACUGUUCACAAUCACUGCUUUUAGAGUUAAAGAAGAACACUUGCAUUCCAUAGACACAACAGAAGACCAUGGCUCUCAUCACUUCUUUGACAAAAAACAGAUGUAAUCAAAGCAUAGUCUGUUUUACUUUAACAGUUGCGUCUUUGAGCCAAAUGGAAAUAUAUACAGUUGCCUUAUUUUGGUUUGAUGAAUUGAGCAUGACUUUACGGUGGGACAGGGAGAGCACAUACACAGUGAUCAAAAUAAUGACAAAUAUUGUUUUCAACCUGAGUGAAUCCUCAGAGGUUAUGUUUCCAUAAAGAAGUGAUUUAAUCAAACUAAAGGAAAAUGUUGAAAAUUGUUGUAUUAUCAAAUUGUCUGUUUUUAAUAACACUAGCCGAACAACAAUGCUCUCCAAAUAAGCAAACCCAUAACUGCAAUAAAGAACUACUGCAAAAAUGUU